AUGAAAUUCGCGGUGUUUGGUUGGUUUCAGUUUGGAGUAUGGGAGGCUGUGGAAUUCAUUGUUUGGAUGAGACUUCUAACAGUGGUGAUUUUGUUGAGCUACAUAAUUUGUUGGAUGGACAUUCCCCUGUUUUGGACUGUGAAGGCCAAUUAUGCUAGGGGGUCUAGGUUGUUCGGUAUGGCUGAGGCUGGUCCUGGGCAGGAUGGCAACAAUGUUAUUUCUAUGAAAAAUUCUUACAAUGUUAGGAACGGGUACAUUGGGUACAUGGAAGCAACUCUUCCAGUUAGUUUUGAAGCUGAUAAGAAUAAGACAAUUAAUAUUGUGUGUAAUUCUCUGAUCCCUUCUAAAAUAAGAGCCUUCAGUUGGAUAUUAUUUUUGGAGAGGUUGGCAACAAAAUACCAAAUAUUAAAAAGAGGAAUUCGGUUAGAGCAUGUUGAUGGUGUUUGUGUUCUGUGUAAUAGGGACGACAAGGACCAUAAUCAUUUGUUUUUCGAUUGUCCAGUUGCUAGUUAA